AUGCCCUUCAAUGGAGAUGCUCUACAUCUAUUUCUUCAACAGAUGAAGUCAACUCUCAUUCGUGAUGACUCAGCCGAAGUUACUUCUUCCGCUGUCGAGGUUUUAUUAAUUGAAAGGUUGGCUAUCGCUAAGCAAGAGCUUGAAAGCUCUCAGAGGAAAGAGGGAACAGUUUUUCCAGCUCGUAACCGAUACGGUCGUCCUUAUAUUUCUGGUCGUCCUUUGCUUACUUGCGAUCGAAAAAAAAUCCUCCAGCUCUUCCAGAUGGGAAUAAAGAAAAUCCACAUAGCUAAGAGUUUGGGGAUCACUCACAGUUGUGUCAGCAAAGUAUUGAGGAAGUUCCAUGAAACGGGCUCAAUAGAGGCGCGUGUUUCUCGCACAGCUUCUUGUUCCUGUCCUGGGUCAUCAACUGACCAUGACUCUCGUUUCUGUAAGCAUAUAUCCCGCAGCAACGCAAUCACCAAAGUAAAAUUCACAAUUGAAAACAUAUUGAAACAUCAUGAGUCUCGUGAAGUGGUGUAUUACUCAAAACCUCAUGAUAGAUAA